CACACACUCUUCAGACAAUCCCACCACCCGAGGAAAAGGAAACCAAACUAUGAAGCUUUAGUCAACAACAGCUGCACAUUUGUCAGAGCCACCUGAUGAUUUGAGGACUUUGUUUUCAGCUCAGCUCUGAAGGAGUCGCUUUCGUGCGGAAAAGUUGUCCGCUGCGCUCCAAGUGUCCAUGCGGAUACGACAGCGUUUUCUGCCACGUUUUAAAGACAUAUCGGAGUUGUUGCAUCGAUCUGUGUUAUUUUGAUUUUUUUUUUUUUCGUCGUUCACCGUCAGGACGGUGGGACUCGUGUAGAGAGUUAGUUUUCUGAACUUUUUUUUUGUUUGUUUUUGGGGGGGCAGCAGUUUGCAGAUACCAGAAUGCUGUCCCAGCUCCUCACCCUGGCCUGUGGUCUCUCCUUCUUUGGUUUUACCUCCGUCUCUGCAAAUGUACUACAAGCCGAGGCUUGGCUGCAGAAGUAUGGCUACCUGCCUCCAGGUGAUGUCAGAGCCCAGGCCAUCCGCUCGCCAAAGUCCAUCGAAACAGCGAUAGCAGCCAUGCAGAGUUUUUAUGGUUUGACUGUGACCGGCUCCAUAGACGACAACACGUUACAGGCGAUGGGCCGGCCGCGGUGCGGUGUCCCCGACAAGUUCGGCCCAGAGCUGAAAACUAACCUGAGGAGGAAGAGAUACGCCGUGCAGGGUCUGAAGUGGGAGAAGUCUGAGGUGACCUUCAGCAUACAGAAUUACACCCCCAAGGUGGGGGAACGAGCCACGUUUGAAGCCAUUCGAAAGGCGUUCAAAGUGUGGGAGAGCGUGAUCCCGCUGACCUUCAGAGAGAUCCCCUUCAACAACAUCAGAGGCAAGGUUGACAAGUAUGCAGACAUCAUGCUCUCCUUCGCCGAGGGUUUCCACGGAGACAGCACACCGUUCGACGGCGAGGGCGGCUUCCUGGCUCAUGCUUACUUCCCUGGAAACGGCAUCGGGGGAGACACACACUUUGACCUCGCCGAGCCCUGGACCACCGGGAACGUCGACCAGGGAGGUAAUGAUGUUUUCCUGGUAGCCGUCCAUGAGUUGGGUCAUGCUCUGGGUCUGGAGCACUCCAACGACCCCUCUGCCAUCAUGGCCCCCUUCUACCAGUGGUUUGAUACGGAGAACUUCAAGCUCCCUGACGAUGACCGCAGAGGCAUCCAGGCAAUCUAUGGAACCAAGUCUGGGGCUCCCCCUCCUCCUCCUCAACCCACAAAGCCAACCAAGCCCGACAAGCCAGAUCAUGCCCCGGACAUCUGUGAGGGACACUUUGACACCAUCGCUGUCCUCAGAGGGGAAAAGUUUGUAUUCAAGGACAAGUGGCUUUGGCGUGUGCGUAACAACAAGGUGUUGCCAGGUUACCCGAUGCCCAUUGGUCACUUCUGGAGGGGCCUGCCCUCAAAUAUCAACGCCGCCUAUGAGAGGGAUGAUGGGAAAUUUGUCUUCUUCAAGGGUGACAAGUACUGGGUUUUCAGUGAGUCCAGCAUGGAAAAAGAUUCCCCUAAGAGCCUAAAGGACCUGGGCACCGGUCUACCCAAAGACAAGUUUGAUGCUGCUCUUUUCUACACACCAACAGGACAGACGUAUUUCUUCCGAGGCACGAACUAUUACCGUUUCAACGAGAAGACUCGCACCGUGGACAGUGGCUAUCCAAAGCCCAUCAACAUGUGGAGCGGAGCGCCAGACAACAUCAAAGCUGCCAUCAUGAGUGAAGAUGGAUCCUACACAUAUUUUUACAAAGCCAACAAGUACUGGAAGUUCAACAACCAGUACAUGAAGGUGGAGUCCGGCUAUCCUAAGUCUGUGCUCACUGACUGGAUGGGCUGCGAAAGCGAGGAGCCCAAGAAGGGUCGGGAAGAGGAGGUGAUCGUCAUCAUCCAGAGGGAGUGGCUGGUGACCGUGGCCGUGGUGAUCCCUCUCCUGCUACUGGUGCUGGUGGUCGUCACUCUGGGGGCACUUUUGUUCUUCAGGAAGUACGGCACCCCUCGACGCCUCCUCUACUUCCAGAGAUCCCUCCUGGACAAGGUGUAAACAAAGAGAUGGGUGACUGACAGACUGCCACAGAGGGACAGAAAGACAGGGGGAGAGAGAACAAGGGCCGGGUGAAGAUGGAAACUAAGAGGGGGAAGAAGCGGAAGAGGAGGAGAGCUGACAGAGAAAAUGGGGGACAGAAAGGGGACAAUGUGUUAAGUUUUGGGUGGUUUGUAUGUGCCACAAAAGAGGAAAAAAAAGAGAAAGGCCCUAGAAACUGAAAUCAGGAAAUGUGUAUUUGUAUGUUAACUAUUUACAUGUACUGUUCUGCGUUCAGAGAUUAAAGAACAUACCCACAAUCUCACAUAGAGAAGGGAAAUAUACAAAGACUCAUCUUCACCGACUCCCCCCGCCUCUUCUCUCUCAAAUCCCAGAUAUUAAAAAAAAAAAAACACCCUUCCUUCUUUCCUUCCUCUACUUUAACUGGACGACUUCAGCUGAACUGCUGUCCGAUUCACUAGUUUCAUCACCACAAUCUGUUUCUGUUUGGGUUUUACUCAGAAAUUCAUCAUCUCUGGAGUUUUUUUUUUUCCUCUGGAAUACUUAUGCUGUCAAAUUUACUGGGUUUUUUUUUUUUUUUUGAGAGUUUUACUCAUUGUUUCAUUAUCACACUUGCUCUUAAAGCCAGUAUUUUGGCAAAGUUUUGAAGGUCAGCCAUGCAAUGUCACCUGUAUUUGUUUUGGGGUUUUUUUUCUACCACUAAGUAGAGCUGGGUAUCAAACCUUAGACUUCUUUAGUACGGCCAGAAAUGUGUCCACAGCAUCAGGUACCAGGGAGUCAAGCCAAAUUCAUAAUUCGCUUGUUCUUUGAUCAAAUAGCCGCAGAUUUAAAUCACAUUUUGCUCACUUCAGACAGUUUGAAAAGUACUUUGUUCAGACGACAUCUAACAUUUUUGUUAAUGCAAAAAACGUUCAUACGUUCAAAAAUGUUCAUAUUUCUCAAGGUACUGAAAUAAGUAUUGUUCUGGUAUUGGUACUCGUAUCAGCUCCAUUAUGGAACAUUUCAAAACAAUCCCAUGUCGAGUUUUAGUUAUUAUUACCUGAUGUUUGGAUGGAUUUAAUGGAGCUGAGUAUAAUAGCACAUUCCUUACGCAAAGUAUUAUUAUUGAUGGAUGCAGACUUUUGAACAUGCACACGUGAUUUAUAAUUUGUAUUUGUUUAACCAGAAUUAUGUCAGGCUUCACAUGAGGCUGCUGGAGGGGGACGCCCUCCUUGAUUGUCACUGCACCCCUGUCAACACACCUAAAACCAAAAUACUUUAUGUUUAUGUCUGCACACAGCUACAGUAUGUAACUGCAACUUCAGACACUCAGACUUGCAGGCGAAACUCUUCUUUCAGUGCAAGCAGUCAGACGGGAAAAAAUAUAACUAAUAAUAAUAAUAAUAAUAAAAAUGUGAUAUUUUAUCUCACAAGUGACAGUUUUGAAACAUUCCAGUGCAUUUGUUGUCAAACACGAGCAGGGCUGCUUAUCCAAAUGUGUCAGCAAGAGGUACAGUUUCCAAUAAUAUGGUGCAAUUUUUUUUAAUUAUUAUCGUUUUUAUGGGAAAUUGUUGUUAUUAUAAGUAUGGUUAUUGUUAUUAUUGUUCUCCUGGUAAAGUUCUAAUGACUUCUUUUUUUUUUUUUUGCUUUUGUACAUUGUCAUUUGGAGUCCUGCUGGACAGAGGCAUAACAUGACAAUGAUGGAAAUGAAUCCCAGUUUACAUUCAGCUUGUGGUGAAUUAGAUCAGAUCAUUGGGGUAAAUGUGAGUUCAGGGACGACCCCUGAAACUACCCAGACGUUGGCACAGAUUAACAAGCAAUGCUAUUUAUGAACUUUGACACAGAUGGUGCUUUUUUUUCUUUUUUUUUUUUUUUUACUCAGAUCAAAAUUGAAGGUGAACUGAUUUAGUUAAUAACAAUGAUAAUGGUAAUGAUAUUUAUAAUGAUGAUCAUAUCAAUAAAAUGGAAUGAGAUUUUU